AUGACAUUUGAUGAUGUACCACCAGAACUAAUCGCCAUGAUCAAGGCAUACUACCGCCCCACCACUGCGCUGGUUUUAGUGCACAACAACCUCUCAGAACCCUUCGUUAUUCGGUCAGGCGUUCGGCAAGGCUGUGCCCUAUCGCCCAUUCUCUUUAUCUACGUCAUUGACUGGGUUCUCGGGAAGGCCCUGCAAGAAGGUGACGAUAUUGAGCUUGCAUCCGGGCGCCGGUUGACUGACCUUGACUAUGCAGAUGAUAUCGCUUUACUAGCAUCAAGUUUUGUCGAUCUCCAGCUAUGGUGUCACGGGUGA